CCUACAAAACACUACCUUUUCUCCUAUUUGGCGCCAAGUACUCGUUGCACAGGGGGAGCGAACUAUUCGGGAGCUCUAGGGUUUUCCCUCCGUGGGCGCUUUCGUCCUCAAUCUCCCUCCCCAAUCUACGCCCCAACCCCUCAUCCUGAUCCAAUAUCGGCCGCCUCCUCCUCUCCAGAUGAGAAGAGAGAGCGAUUCUCCGGCCAUUAAGCCGAUAAACAAGGCGGUGAUCCACCGGAUUUGCUCGGGCCAAGUGAUUUUGGAUUUGUCUUCUGCUGUGAAGGAGUUGGUGGAGAACAGCUUGGAUGCCGGCGCCACCAGUAUCGAGAUUAGUCUCAAAGAGUAUGGAGGGGAGUACUUUAAGGUGAUAGACAAUGGUUGCGGCAUCUCGCCCGAUAAUUUCCAGGCUCUUGCUCUCAAGCAUCACACGUCCAAGAUUUCGGAUUUUUCUGAUCUACACUCUUUGACCACUUUUGGUUUUCGAGGGGAGGCGUUAAGUUCCCUUUGUGCCCUAGGAAAACUGUCUAUUGAAACGAGAACUAAAAAAGAGCCUGUUGGAACCCACUUGGACUUUGAUCAUUCUGGUUCAAUAUCCGCCGAGAGGAAAACCGCACGUCAAGUGGGGACUACUGUGAUAGUUGAGAAAUUAUUUUCUCCUCUUCCGGUUCGAAGCAAAGAAUUUAGUCGGAAUAUUCGAAGAGAAUACGGAAAGCUUGUCUCCCUAUUGAAUGCUUACGCGCUAAUUGCCAAAGGUGUUCGGUUACUUUGCACCAACACAACUGGUAAAGUUUCAAAAUCAGUCGUGCUGAAAACUCAAGGAAGUAACUCAUUCAAAGACAACAUCAUAAAUGUAUUUGGUUUAGAUACCUUCAAAAGCUUAGAGCCUAUAAAUUUAACAGAAUCAGACGGCUGCAAAAUUGAAGGUUUUAUUUCCAAGCCUGGAUAUGGAAGUGGUCGUAAUUUGGGAGAUAGGCAGUUCUUUUAUGUUAAUGGUCGACCAGUAGAUUUGCCCAAAGUAGGCAAACUUCUUAACGAAUUAUAUAAAAGCUCAAAUGCCAAGCAAUAUCCCGUUGCUGUCUUGAAUUUUAUUAUCCCAACGACAUUGUAUGAUGUUAAUGUUACCCCUGAUAAGAGGAAGAUUUUCUUUUCAGAUGAGGGGUCGCUAAUGCACUCUUUGCGAGAAAUUGUGGAAAAGAUUUACUCUCCUCAUGAAUGCAGUUAUUCUGUUAACAGCAUAAAAGAUCCUGAUAAAGAAGAAACUGUCGCAGAUGGCUCUAGUGAUGAAGAGAAAAUCUCUCCGCUGAAGAAUUUGACCUCUGAGGUUGAGAAAUCUGAAGGGCUUUCUUCUUACCAGUUCAAGAAGCCAAAAGCUUUUUUUGAGUCAACUGCAAAAAUGGAUGAUGAUGAGGAUCUCUCAAGGAAUUUGACAGCCGAGAUUGUUCAUGCUAACGAAAAGAGCUCUCCGCUAAAAGACUUGAGCUCUGAAGUUGGGAAACCUGUAGAGCUUUCUGCUUACCAGUUUAAGAAACCAAAGGACUUAUCUGAGCUUGCUGCAAAAGCUGAUGAUGAGAGUACAGCUGAUGGAAGACAAGUACAGAGAGAUAAACCUUCUCAUUCAAACUUUGUUCAGUCUUUUCUUACAAAGUUUGUGGCUGUACAUAAGAGGAAGCAUGAAGAUAGUUGUGGUCUUCUGUCUGAAGUUCCCGUACUGAGGAAUGAAACCAGUUCAUGUCGAAUUGCAAAAGCCACUUCAGACAUUGUGGAAAGUGAUUUGCUUCGAGGAAAUAGGAAAAAACUUCCAUGGAAUUAUGCGCCAUCGAAUGUCUCUAAGGCUGUUGGACUACCUCUUUCUGGUGAAUGUGAUGCUAAUGAUGGAGGUCCGAGCAUGCAGACAGGAACACAUGAUCUUUGUGCUUUAGCAUCUGUAUCGGAAACUUCUACUGGCGGAGAUCAUGAAGGGGAUUUUGGAAAUCUUUCAACCACCUGUCCAUUCCCAGAUAGAAGUGAUGAAGAUAGUUGUGCUCUUAAGCCCUGCUCUGGUUUGAGAACAUACCCGCUUUUGCAAUUUAGCCUCGGUGAUCUUAGGAAAAGAAGGCAACAGAGGCUCUCAUUACUAUGUUCAGGCGAUUCCACAUAUAAGGAAAGAAAGAUUGGAAGGUGUUUUACUGCUGCAACACUCGAGAAUUUUCAACCGGAAAAUGAUGAGGGAAAAGCUUGUUGCCUAGCUGCAGCUACUAAUGAGUUGGAGAGAUUUUUUAGAAAGGAGGAUUUUGGACGAAUGCAGGUUGUUGGGCAGUUCAAUCUUGGUUUCAUUAUUGGAAAAUUAGACCAAGACUUAUUUAUUGUCGAUCAGCAUGCUGCUGAUGAAAAGUACAAUUUUGAGCGCCUCUCCCGUUCAACAAUCUUGAAUUUACAGCCCCUACUUCAACCGAUAAGGUUGGAACUAUCACCGGAAGAGGAAGUAGUAGCUUCUAUGCACAUAGAUGUUAUCAGGAAAAAUGGUUUUAUUUUAGUUGAGGAUUUGCAAGCUCCACCUGGUCACCAUUUUCUGUUAAAAGCUGUGCCCUUCAGUAAAAACAUAACAUUUGGCACUGAAGAUGUGAGGGAGCUUAUCUCGACCCUUGUUGACGGCCAAGGAGAUUGUGCAAUAAUCAGUAACUACAAAAUGGAUACAGCUGAUUCUAUCUGCCCUUCGAGAGUACGUGCUAUGUUGGCUUCAAGGGCCUGCCGGACAUCCGUUAUGAUUGGCGAUCCACUCACAAAGACAGAGAUGCAGAAGAUACUGAACAAUUUGACGGGCCUCAAGUCUCCUUGGAACUGUCCACACGGCAGGCCGACAAUGCGGCAUCUUGUUGACUUAACAACUGUUCAGAAAAAAGGUACUUGAAAGAAGCAGCAAGGCAGAGAGUGGUGGCUUCAUUUUGUUUUUCAAGUUUCUUGCUCUGUUUUUGAAGCUGCAGCAGCCGCUUGCGGUCGGAUUUGAAGGACAAAGUUUUGCUACAUAGGGGGGCUUAAAUUUCCUUGCUUCCUGUAAACGUAUAGACAAUCUAAGGGUGCCGUGAAACGUGGGUUCCUCGUUAGGUUGUAAAUUGUUUUGACCAAUUUUGCAAGGGAGAGAAUCUUGGCCCCAUAUCUUCUGCUUUUCUCAUAGAAUAGAGAGCCCUACGCUUAUAAAUCUUAGGUUAUGCAUUUCGGGCAUCUGCAUGUUUGCUUUU